AUGCUGCUUUAUGUUAAAGUCCUUGCUAUUCUCACGGUUAUUCUCGGAAUUGCCGCCCAGGCCUCUCGGAAACGAGUCGAGUACGAGUCUGUGCCGCAGUUCUUGUUCCACAAUUCGAAAUUGUGUAAGUCUACAAUAUCCAUGUGCUUCUUGCAUUCUCAAUUUCUAGAUUUCACUAGCUUUGAGCUUCUGAGUCGAUUUUUGUCUUCUGGAGCUCAAGAUUUAUCAGAAAUACUCCAAUUUUCUUUUUUUUCAGGCGGCGAUCCGUUCUCCGACGCCGUUUGGCUUCCGGUCCUCGAUUUGUGCACAAUCGAGUGCGAUUUGAGCUCCCAGUAUUGUGUGGAAAACGAGGAAUUGGCUCAGCAGUGUAAAACUUGUGAGUUUCGAUGAAAAUAGGUGAGCAGAAGCGAGACAAUCAAACUUUCAGUGCCGGACGACUGUCAAACGCUGCUGCGAAAGUCGAUAAAGCAAAUUCAGCGGCAUAUUCGAUCGCAACGGAAUACUUCUUAA